CGCAUUGCCCAACACCCUCUUUCAGAUAAUGAGCUUGUUCGCUGCUUAUUAUUGUCCAGCGAAGCUGGUGCUGUUCCUCCCUCCUUGCAUGAAGAUUCAGCAUGACACAAAAUAAAAACUUCCUCUUCUGUCCAACAUCUAUUUGCCACCGCACAGCCAAUCGCAGGACCCCAAAGAGCCACCCCUGAUGCCAGAGGACUGCCAGGCUCCACAUAUGCAUCUGCGUCCCACCUACUUUCUGAACCAGGCACCGGUGCAGAUACCAGCACCUCGGUGGGCAUUAGAUCAAUGGCUAGAAUGUCAGUGCACCGUGGUGAGGGAACCACACCCACUUGAGGAGCAGCCGGAGGCAGAGAGUGCCCAGGGCACCGACAGUCGGAGGGCUGCUGGAGACCAGGAUGAUGUUUCAGGACUUGGAGCAACCCUCAUGCAACAAAGACAACCAGUUAUGUUUGUAUCCACAGCAUUAACGCAAACUGAAUGACACUAUGCACAGAUUGAGAAAGAGUGCCUAGCUAUUGUCUUUGCUUAAUCUUAGAAGAGGAGCAUUUGCAGACAGAAAUCUCAAAAAAAAUAGUCAUGUCAAGAUUUGAGAGAGUUGCUUGAUUCAUGGGAGUUGAAUAUCAUCGGCCUUUGUAUCGAGAAGGAGAUAUGGUUCUUUCUGGUUCAAGUAAUUCUGAUCAUCGGUUUGACUGAGAAAGCACCGAGAGACAAGCACACCUGAAUGAGAGUGUUCCAGUGUACUGACUGUGAAAAGGCUUUCACCAGUUACACAGCCUGAAAUAUCAUUGCACCAUUCACAGCUGGGAGAGACCAUAUACGUGUUGUAUGUGUGGGCAAGGCUCCAACUGAUCAUUGAACCAGGAGAGACACAAGGACACCAGCACCAUGGAGAAACCAUGGAAUUGUAGGGACUGUGGGAAGGGAUUCCGGUUCCCAUCUGAGUUGGAAACUCAUGAAUGCGAGAGGCCGUUCACCUGCUCUGUGUGUGGGAAGGGAUUCAGUGUUUCAUCCCAUCUGCUGUCACACCAGCGAGUUCACACCAGGGAGAGGCCAUUCACCUGCCCCGAGUGUGGGAAAGGAUUCACUCGGUCAUCCAACCUGCUGACACACCAGCGCGUUCACACUGGGGAAAAGCCAUUCACCUGCCCUGUAUGUUUGAAGGGAUUCUCUCAGUCAUCUAAUCUGUUGACACACCAGCGAGUUCACACUGGGGAGAGGCCUUUCACUUGCUCUGACUGUGGGAAGGGAUUUAUUGAUUCCUCCCACCUGCUGCUACACCAGCAAAUUCACAUCAGGGAGAGGUCAUUCACCUGCCCCGAGUGUGGGAAGGGAUUCACUCGGUCAUCCAACCUGCUGACACAUCAGCGAGUUCACACUGGGGAGAGGCCGUUCAUAUGCCCUUUGUGUGGGAAGGGAUUCACUCGGUCAUCCAACCUGCUGACACACCAGCGAGUUCACACUGCGGAGAGGUCACUCACCUGCUCUGAAUGUGGGAAGGGAUUCAGUGAUUCAUCCACUUUGCUGACACACCAGCGAGUUCACACUGGGGAGAGGCCAUUCACUUGCUUUGUGUGUGGGAAGGGAUUCAGUGAUUCAUCCAACCUGGUGACACACCAGCGAUUUCACACAGGGGAGAGGCCGUUCAUCUGUCCUGAGUGUGGGAAGGGAUUCAUUGUGUCAUCCCAUCUGCGGAGACACCAGCGAGUUCACACCGGGGAGAGGCCAUUCAUCUGCUCUGUGUGUGGGAAGGGAUUCACGCAGUCAUCCAACCUGGUGACACACAAGCGAGUUCACACUGGGGAGAGGCCAUUCACCUGUUCUGAGUGUGAGAAGGGAUUUACUCAAUUAUCAAUCCUGCUGAGACACCAGCGAGUUCACAAGUGAUUACAUGUGAUCAUCGCUGCUGUUAAUCACAUCCAGAACUGAGCCAUGUUUGUUCUGUCAGUUGGUGAAGUGGGAACGUGAGAGGGUUUCUUUUUGCUGGACUUGCUGGUCUCAUGGCUUUGCCUUCAGUGGGUUAAUGAAGUUGGAUCCUGGGAGUGCAUGUUUCCACUGAAAUUAUCCGCAGGGCUGAUGAAGUACAUUUAUUUUAUCCUGGAUAGUAAAUAGUGUUUUUCCCAUCACGACAGGUUGGUCUAAAAUAAAAAUGUUUGUCUCUGUUCUACUAACUCCACAGUACAGGGCCAGCCCUGUCGGCUCAAUUGGUCAAUGUUAGUAUUUCUGUUCCACUUGAGUCUCCACCCACCCCUCUUCUACCCCCAUCAGGAUAUCCUUCUGUUCUAUCUCGUGUAUGUACCUAGCUACCCCUUAAGUGGGUUUGUGCUAUUGUUAAGAACUGGGAACUUAUCUUACUAUCCCAGAAAUAGCUGUAAAUCAGGAAUUGGAAAGGAGAGAAGAUCUCAGGAAAAUUGCAAUCACCAGGGAAGUGGUACUUAGUACAUUGUUGGAGCUGCGGGCUGACAAGU